AUGAAGUCUGCUUACGCUUUGACACUAUGCCUCAGCGGCAUGAUGGGCGCUGAUGCCUGGGUUCUCCCAGCCGGUGCUGCUCCCAAGUCCAACUACGCUCUGCAACGCCUAGACAAUGGCCGCGGCGGUAACCAGAACGCAGCUGGUACCGGCGUCAAGUUCACGCCCAACCAGGGCUCAUCCGCUGCAAAGUCGGACACCGUUGCUGGUUUCAUCCCCGUCAAGGGCUUGGCCGGUGGCCCUAGCAAGAGACACGCUCUUUACAUUCGCGCGGCCCAGCCUGACGACGACGGUGACGACGAUGGAGAUGCUAGCGAUAAGGAUGCUGAUGAUGAUGACUCUGGCGACGAAGAAGCUCCUCAGGCGACCGCGUUUAGUCGUCCUGCUUUCAGAAUCGGCACUCUCAAGCAGGCCGAUAGUGGUGAUGAUACCAAGACAUUCAAGGUCAACAACAAGAAGCAGAAGGGCAAGGCCGAGGAUAAGAAGAAGACAGACGACAACAAGACCAAGCACUCUGGCGACGACGACGGCACCAAGACUACCAAGGGCGACAAGAGCAAGACUUCCUCCACCUCUGUGCCCACUAAGACCAAGCACUCUGGUGAUGAUGACAAGAAGCCGGAUGACAACAAGACCAAGCAUUCCGGUGACGAUGAUGGUACCAAGACUACCAAGGUUCACAAGACAAAGACCUCUGCUACCUCUGUGCCUACCAAGACCAAACACUCUGGUUCCGAUAAGAAGACGAGCACCAAGUCCAAGUCUAGUGAGUCUUCACACAAGUCCCACACCAGCAAGCACUCUUAG